AUGUAUAAUGACCAAGAAAAAUUCAUCUUAUUUACUGAAAGAGAAGAAUUUGAUGAAAAGAAAAUUCUUCAAAGCAGUUUAUAUCCAUAUUCUAAAGAAGGAUAUUCAUUACUUGAUUUAUGUUGUUACUAUGGGGCAGUUGAUUGUUUCAAGUUAUUAAGAACGAAAUUUCACUCAGAAAUAACUCAAAACUGUCUGAGAUUUUCGUUUUUAGGAGGAAAUCCAGAGAUAAUGAGUGAAUGUUUGAAAUAUCAGAAGCCAGAUAAAGAAUGCAUGAGAUAUGCAAUUAUUUCACACAACAUUGAUUUUGUUACAUUCUUAAUGAAUGAAUACAACUUAGAGAUCGAUUUAGAAAAUUGCGGAGAAUAUAAAAAUCUUGAAUCAUUUUUAGUUUGUUUCGAUCAAACUAAUGAUGUUAACAAGUGCUUUGUUUAUUCAACAAUGUUCGAUACUACAUCCCUUUGUGAAUUUUUCAUUUCCAGACAUGCAAAUCUCAAUGCCAAAAAUGAAAAUGGAGAAACAGCUCUUCAUUAUGCAGCUAAAAUUUGUCGAAAAGAAAUAAUCGAACUUUUCAUUCCUCGCGGUGCAAAUAUCAACGAAAAAGAUAAAAAUGGAAGAACAGCUCUUCAUUUUGCAGCAGGUUAUAAUAGUAAAGAAUUAAUCCUAUUUCUUCUUUCACAUGGGGCAACAACAUCUCAGAAAGACUUUGAUCAGCAAACAGCUCUACAUUAUGCAACUAAAAAUAACAGUAUAGAAAUUGUCGAGCUUCUCCUUCAUUUAGGUUCAAAUAUCAAAGGAAAAACUAAACAUGGACAAACUGCUCUUCAUUUAGCAGCAGGAAAUAAUAGUAUAGAAAAAGUCAAAUUACUUCUUUCACAUGGUGCAAAUAUAAAUGAAAAAGAUAAGUUUGGGAAAACCGCUCUUUAUGAAGCUUUAAAACACAAUAGUAAAGAAACAAUCAAAUUACUUCUUUCACAUGGUGCAAAUAUCAAUGAAAAAGAUAAAGAUGGACAAACCGUUCUUUAUGAAGCAGUAUUUAAUAAUAGUAUAGAAACAGCUGAAUUCCUUCUUUCACAUGGUGCAAAUAUCAAUGAAAAAGAUAUAGAUGAAGAAACUGCUCUUCAUAAAGCAGCAUUUAAUAAUAGUAUAGAAACAGCUGAAUUCCUUCUUUCACAUGGUGCAAAUAUCAAUGAAAAAGAUAUAGAUGAAGAAACUGCUCUUCAUAAAGCAGCAUUUAAUAAUAGUAUAGAAACAGCUGAAUUCCUUCUUUCACAUGGUGCAAAUCCCAAUGAAAAAAAUAUAGAUGAAGAAACUGCUCUUCAUCAAGCAGUAACUUUUCGUUAUAUAGAAUUAGCUAAAGUUCUCAUUUCGCAUGUUGCGAAUAUCUUUGAAACGAAUGGAUGUGGAAAAACUGCUCUUCAGAUUGCUUCAAAAUUUUUGAAUCGAAAAGAAAUAUCCAAAUUAAAACGUUCACAGUCCAAAAAAUAA